GGUUGCAAUAUAAAUGAUCAAAAUAAGAUGGAUCUCCAGCAGCUUUUGAAGUUCUGCACGAGCCUCUUAAUGAUGCAAUGAUUUGAAUCGGGUGUGUUUCAGGCAACAGGGAAAUAUGUAAAAUUUGGAGGGCAGUGGCUCAGGAGGUCCGAGGUUAGUGAUUGCCGUGUAAGUCUGGUAGUUUUUCAGCAGGACAAAGGCUUAUCUGGGCUAGAUAUUAAAUGGAUCCAACAAAUGACCAUUGUUAAUUUAUUUAUUAAUUUACUUAGAAAAAAUGUUUCACAAAACCACCAUUAAAAUCCACGAAAUGAGCCAUUUUUGCAUUUUCACACAAAAAGCAUUUAUAUAUAUGAACCUAUUAUAAUGAAUCUAAAUGCUUUCAGCCCAGGUUUGAAGUCUAGAUCUUGUUUUUAAGCAAGACCUGGUCUAAUGUGGUCAAAAUCGCCCCAAAAAGCAGUGAACUCACCUUUUUAGCAUAUGGCAUGAACAUAAUUAUUAUUAUUUGUAUUUAUUUAUUUUACAUCUCAUGGUUUGCCUGUAGAACUGUUGCAUGUGAUUACAUUGAUGCCAAACUACAUCUAUAAAAGUUUACUUGUCUGAGGAAUUGCCCAAUAAUACUGAAUAUUUUUUUCUUGCAGAGGAAAAUGUAUUGCCCUUUUUGUGGAUUCAGCUUGGAGUCACUAACUCCAUUUUGCAGUUCAUGUGGCAAGGAUAUCAAAUUCUUGACUCAUGAUAAGACUGGAACAUCUGAAGGUAGCACAGUAAAGUGUGCAGUGGAGUCAUUCCACAAGUUCCGCAGUUUAAAAGAGAAGGAGAGGCAGUCAUUCUUCAAAAAGAAAAAAAGACCUCUGAAAGAGAGCAGUGUGAAGAUUUCAGUUGCCCUGAUGCAACUGAAAGAUGGAGCACUAAAACCUGUAAGAGGAACAGCUCUACCACUCGUAGUGAAUCCAGAGCUGGAUGCUGAGCACUUGCAAAUAGCAGCUGUACAAAAAUUGAAGGACUUCAACAGCAAUUUGCAAGGCGGACCUUACUUCCUACUUUACCCUGAUGGUACAAGGAUAAUUAACAUACCAGGAACAGAAACACCAUUCACUCUGAAACAGUACAAGGACGCAGUGGGAAAGGCAUACCAACGCAUCACAGUGUACAUAUGUACAGCUGCCGAUUUCCAAAAUUAUUCUCGAUCCACCUCAGGCUCCGACACAUCUGACUCAGAAGUGAUCAUUACAAGCAGAAGUGCUGCAGAAUUCAAUUCAGCUGAUACACUGCUUUGGGAUCCUGCCUUGAACAGUACCAGCAAUGACGGAGAAUUGCACAUUGGCUCUGAUACGGUAAUAUGUGGCUCCCUAAUUUGA